UAUGCUUCUGUUAAAUUCUAAACUAAAUUCUUAUAGGCGUUGUUGUGGAGUUGUUUCAAAAAUCUUCAAAUCUGGAUUUAAAUCUACUGUAAUCAUGUUAUCUGCAACUAGCGAUUGUUUUGUUGUUACUGCAUUUAACAAUAUUAAGGCUACUGAGGGAUUUCUUAAAGUCUGUAUUCCGGGAAAAAUUGUUAGUUUGAAUUUGGUAAAAUCACAAAGCUUUGAUAUUGCGCGAUUUGAUGGCAAAAAACAUUACAAUACUUUACUUGAUUACGAAUUUAUUCUCAUGUCUGUUACAAAAGUUAAGAUGAUUGAUCCUACAAUUUUACGUGUUGAAACCUUAAAGGAGAUAAAAUCGCCAGGAUUAUAUGAGUUCAAAUGUAUCCUCUCUGGAACGUUUGUUGAUUAUGGAAAAGAAUUAUGUGCAAUUAUAUGCGAUGUGGAAAAUAGCCGUGCAGAUUUGUUGGUUUCCGGUGAAAACAUGAAACAUCUUGAAUUGCUUGGACGUGGUGAUAAUCUCAAAAUCAAAUAG